UGCGAAAGCAGCUCUCCAACGCCGAGGUUCAGAAGCUGCGCGCGUACCGGGGAACGAAGCAUCAUCCUCCGGAGGAAGUGAAACGGAUUUCUCUUCUUCAUUUUUUUUUCUCUCUCUCCCUCGUUCACUGCUUCUCCUCUCCCACCAACGAGAGCACGCGCCGGUGUUCAUCCUCCUCGCUAGCGGUGCCAGCCCAGCCGGUUUCACCGAGAGAUCCAGCAACCGCCGGCAAAGUAGAAGAAAAAAAAAGCAAGAAAGAAAAAGCAAAACAUCCCCCGCGAGGGGCCCACUCCAGACUCGCAGGAAGCGACGACACCCACCGAGGCGAGCCCUUCCGACACGACGAGACCGGCCGAGAGAGCUGCAUCACGCCGGGCGUGGAUAGUCGCCGUCGCGCCCUGAUAUCCCGGCGUGUGUGCGCGCUUGCUUGCCUACCCACCUACCUACACUCGUGCGGAUAACCGGCGGCGUCGCACGCUGAACCGAAUCGGGUCCUCCGUCGUGGUGCUUGUGCUUGCCCCCCUGACAUCGCGACACUUGUGUGAGGAGUGUCAAAAACCACCCCCGGAGACAGGGCGCGGGAGAAGGCCGUUUGUUGUCGAUUGUCGGCGUCGCUUCGACGAGAAUCGACGUUGUUGUUUGUUCGCGAAGAAAACGAGUGUGUGUGUUCGGUGUUGUGCGUGGUUCCGGCCUGAAGGGAGCUCUCCCGUACCGGGUUCCCUCUGCCACCCGAGUUGCGUGUCGAAUCGCCCGUGUCUCUGCGGCCGCGUUUGGAAAGAUCAAGUUCGUUCGCGCGCGUUCGCGCGCGCUCCGGCGUCUUCGCUGUCAAGGACGCUGAGGGCGCGUUCCGCUCACGGGAAGCGCGGGACACUGCGGCGACGCAAGGAUGCUGUCGUCGUGAGAGACGCGCAGGAUACUCAAGGCUUUAGCCUGGACAUCAACUUCUAUUACAGUGCCAAGCAUAGAUUGGGUGCUGCCGACUUCUCGGCCGCCAAAGUCUAUCGACAUACACAAGUCCAGGAACGAUGACGAGGUUAGAGAUGCCCAAAUUACCUUUCCUGCUGUUCCUGCUGUUGGAUGUAUUGACAACAGAGACCACAGGUCAAGGCGUGCCAUUCACCACCACAGCCACAACUCCCAGUACCCUCGCCACCACUGCCACCAGCACAGACGUGCCGACAACGGCGAAAACGCUGGCGUCGCAGGCGACUGUAACGUCGACGUCGCCGGCGGCGACGACGACCACGACGUACCAGUCGCCUUCCUCCUCCUUCGCUCCGGAGUUCACGACGGCGGAAGCUUCGGCGCGAGCGAUCGCUUCCUCGGCGUCGGCGGUGCCCUGGUGCCUGCGGGAGCACGUGUCGUACGAGCGCCUCUCGGGCUACAGGGUGGCCGACCUGCUGGCUGGACAGCGGGCGCUGGCCGAGCCCACGCAGCCGCCGCCCCCUUCGACGGCCGAGGAGUGCUACCUGCGCUGUCUGGACGACGACCGCUGCCGCGGGUACAGCGUCAACCACGUCCGGCAGGUGUGCGCGCUCACGUGGUUCGAGGUGGCCAACAAGUCAGACUACCUGCUGGCGGACCCGAACUGGAGCUUCCACCGCAAGAUCUGCCUGCCCGAGCGGCCCUGCCUGAGGCACUGGUCCUUCGAGCGCGUGCCGCAGUUCCACCUGGUCGGCUUCGAGGACAAGGUGGUGUCCCAGGUGUCCGACCAGGACGGCUGCCUGCAGCUGUGCGCCUCGGAGACGGGCUUCGUGUGCCGCUCGACGCGCUACGAGCCCGCGAGACAGCGCUGCGUGCUCAGCAGGCACGAUCGCCGCACUGCGGCAGAGUCCUUCCGCAGGACGGCGCCGGACGACGGCAGCGCGGCGGACGUGCUUUACAGCGAGAACCAAUGCGUCUCCGAACCACCGCGGUGUAACUUCCGUCCUCUGCGUGGUCGCUCCCUCAGUCGGGGUCACGUGUUCGUCGACGAGGAGGCCACGUCGCACACCCUGUGCCAGGAGGCGUGCGUCAACCACACCGACUUCGUGUGCCGGAGCUUCGUGUACGAUCAAUCCCGCCGCCUUUGCCUGCUGAGCCCCGACGACAGCUACAGCGGCGCCGCCGCCGGACCCCAACCCGAGGAGAGGGCCGCGUCCGAAGAGGACACGACGCUGCUCUUUGAGAAAGGGUCGUGCAUCGACGUGGAGAUGCGGUGCGAGGCUACCGCCAUGACGGCCAUCAUCCAGGUGACGUCAUCGUUCCGCGGCCGCGUCUAUGCCGUGGGUCACCCGCACCAGUGCUUCUCAUCUUCAGUCACCGACACGGGUCACGUGGCGCUGACGGUUCCCUUGCACGGACGGCAGUGCGGCACCAAGAACCUGGGCAACGGGACCUUCCUGAACAGCAUCGUCGUGCAGCAUCAUCCGUACGUGCUGCAGAGCUCGGACAGGCGUAUCGACAUCUCCUGCGACUACGAAGAAGUCGAGCGCAAACUGCGAGGCGGCAAGCAGGUCCUCGAAGGGGAUCUGCAAAGCCUGACGCAAGUCAUCACGGGACUGGCCCCCACGCCUCCCGUUCGACUGAGAGUCGUGAACGCGUCCGGAGACGAGGUCGCAGGAGUCGACCUCGGCGAUCCGCUCUACCUCAAGGUCGACAUGGAGGACGAAUCCGUGUUUGGGAUCUUCGGGAGCUCUCUGACAGCCCGCAGCGGCGAAGGGUCGGAAACCAUCCUGCUCCUGGACGACAAAGGCUGCCCCGUAGAGCCUGCCGUAUUCCAAGGCUUCGAGCGAGCUCCGGGCUCAAAGUCACUCAUGGCCCCGUUCCAGGCGUUCCGCUUUGCGUCAGACAGUACUGUCAAGUUCCAGAUGACCGUGUCCUUCUGCCUGGACGUCUGCCCACCGCCCAAAUGUCCAGGCGGCGGCGGCACGGAGGACCAGCAACAGAUGCAGCACCAGCAGCACCUGUCGACCGAAAGCCGCGCCGGCCGCAGGCGGCGCUCGGCCAGCGCCGACACGCACGCGCUGGACCUCCAGACCGGUGACGUGGUCACUGACGUCACCAUGGAGACGGCGCUGUUCGUCGUCCACAACCUGACGCCCUCGCCGCAGGCCUCCUCCGACACCGAGCACGCUGGGAGGGACGCCCGAGGUGUCUCCCAGAACAGAAUGCCCCGCGACGCCGUGUGCCUGACUCGACCCGUCGUGUACACGUUGGCGAGCCUGAUCGGCGUCGUGCAAGCGCUCAUCCUCGGCUCCUGCUGCAUGCUGCUGUUCGUCAACCGGAAGUGGCGACUUACACGGAAGCGCCUGGCCGCCAUGCACGCCUCCAGCAGCCGGGCUUCCGUCUCCAGCAAGUCGGAACUCUUCCUCAGGACGUAGUAGCGCGGCGGCUCGUCACCACAUCUCAUACGGUUCCCCCCGUCCCUACCCCUACUACGGGCUUUUGCGACCACUGUCGGAAAGAAAGCGUGCACGAUCGCCCGGAGGGGAGGAGGGGAAAUCCUGCCAUUUCGGGGAAGGGAGGGGGAAGAAAGGGACGCAGCUGGCCUUUGUGUCUGUUGCGCAUGUGUGUGUGUGCAUGUGCCCUGGGAAAGAGACGGUGGCGCCACCUGUCGGCAUUCCAGAGGAGCUCUACGAGAGGCAUAUGACGCACAAGAGAGGGUUAGUUCCAUUUGGCCCGUUUCGGCACAUCCACGAUGCGUUCUAUGCCGAUAACGAGGCGCAGUUUCCUUAUGAACUUUUUCGUUAUAGCGGAACUCCUCACGGGCGCGCGCCUGCGAAACGUGACGGUGGCGCCGCUCCGAGGCGAUGGAGAGAAACGCCACGAGAGCCAGAUUGCAUGCACAAAACUGCGUUAACUCUUACGGUCCGUUCUGCUCCGCACACUAAGUGUUCCAUGAUGUCGAGAACAUGGCUUAUUUGAUUGUUGGACGCAGCAAAGUGUUGCCAGUAUCUUUCUUUCACGGGCGUGGGCACCCCAAGCUUGACUGUGGUGCCAGCGCAAGGCGAUUGGAUGAAACUCGGCUAAGGGCAAAUGUCCCACACACAACUGCGUCAACUUUAUUGGUCCUCCUCGGUACGACCCCAGGUUGCGCUUCGAUGCCCAGAAUAUGGCCGACUUUCGUAGUAAAUUUUUUUUUUUUUGCCACAGCCAUAUUGUUUGUUGUGGAUGCCACGUAUCUGCGUCCUAUGGCCCUUGCGCCGGUGGGAACAUAUUGAGUGCGGUUAACUUCUGGAAAUCGCAAGAUGAUGUCUUUCUUCACUUCGUAAUUCUGUUCGUAUUGUGGUGUGUUCGCCUAAAUAUGAUAUUACCACUGCUUCCGUCAUCUCGCGCGGCAAGAACGUUUAGCGAGACUGAAAAUGCGAGCUGAAAGCGCGUAGAUCAUGCAAGAUGAAGCUGACUAACACUGUGAGAUUGUUCUUUCGGAAGCUUUAAUAAAUGGACGCCAUAGUAGCAAAUACUCGUCUCUUCAGGCGUUAUGUAGGCAGCUAGUUUAGGAGGUUCCCAUAUCCAUUCUCUUGGUCAUACUAUUAGGGCGCAAUAAUCGCUUCAUAGCGUUAGCGAUUGCUAUUUCAACGUCGGAAUCACGGGAUCGUACCUCUAAACCUGCCAGAUGAGCGGCGAAAAAAGUUCGCCUUGUUCAUGAGCGACGCGGCUUCUUUAUCUCGGCUUGCAACGAUUCUCUUGCAACAAGCUUUCUCAAUAGCCUGUCCCACUGAGUGAAGCACUGACACAUUUCCCGACAGAAACUUGACCGCGAAGAUGAGCUCUAGCACGAACGGCCUUAUGCGUCGUUACGCGUCUCCAAAUGUCUCAUUUCUGGUCGUAGCCUCGGUGUGCAGACGAGAGCACGGCAGUAUACAAGCUAGUUCCACACAUAUGCAGUACUCACGUCAGUGUGCAACCAGGUAAAACAGGCUCGCGUAGGCGGUAGCGUUGCUCGGCCGUCCAGUCAGUGAGUGUGCAUAAUCCUGCGAGAUCGAAAAGGGUUCACAAAUUAAUCAUCUCAGUGAUUAUUAUUAUUUGUUUUGAUAACAUAUAUACACUAAAAGAACGCUCGUAGCAAAUACGCAGCUGCUAAACUCGCGGGCACGGUAUAACGUACCCUCAGCGAUUCCCAACCCUUUCCAGGCGCCGCGAAGUCAACUCUGAGACAGCCCCCAUAUGUGCCAGUCGCGUGACGUGACGUCAUCUGCACACGCCGAUGGACAGACAGGUUAACCAAUCAGCUACGAUGUCACAACGUUGUGCUAUAUUAUGUGGUUGUCUAUGGCAAGGUGUCAAUAAAAUUACUUAAAGUGCCAGCGUAACUCGUCCACGAUGACGUCGAGUCAUGUAAAUUGUGGGCCUGGUUGCUGCGUAACUUGUAUUGGCCGUUAUAUAAGUGGAUCAGUGGUUUGUCAUGACCGUGAUCUUCCAAUAUCAGGGGAUUUUUCUUUCAGCUUCUUACUGGAGGAAAGAACAAGUAUGUCCCCCCCAAAAAAGAGGUGCUUUUUUUUCCCCGUCCGAAACGCGUAUUGCCUCUGCCCUGAAAAUAGCUCGGUAAUGAAACGCAUCUGGCCUGAAGCUACUGGGAAAUUCCGUGAAAACAUCAGAGUAAUGAAUUCUGCGGUUCAACCGCGGAUAUGGUUUUCGUUGCGCUGUUUCCCAGGACGUGAAACCAAUCUCGCCGAUGGACGUUCACUGAUCGUGCCACCGUUAGUACGGUCCUCGGGGCCUUCAGUUUCUACGGACACGGACGGGAUAAAACAGCUACGUACUCUCAGCAGUCCUUACGCGUAGCGUCGACGGGCCGCAUUUUAAUCAACGCUUAAUAAGGUGAUGUGUGGUGUCUGUUUCCGCCUGCCCUGCUUGUCUGUGCGUGAGAAUGCGAGUUUGUGUAUUUUGGUGCCGCAAAUUCUGACAGGCUGGAGGCGUCGUUUCUCGCAUAGCAUGCACUCGCAUACUUAGCUCGCCUACAUUGCUGUCUGGAGCUCCAUUAGUCCGAAAGGCUGGGGAGUAUCUGCUUUUUGCUUUUUAUUCUGUCGUCAUCAAACUCGGAAAGUCAAUUGGCAGCGUAAUCAGCGUUUGCGCAAAACGUUGUUUACUGAAAGUGACGUUAUUAAGGGUUCCCAGUGUAAAGACCCCUUCCAGCUGAUUCGCCCGCUCGUUCCCACUUAAAAAUCGCAAUGAGGUAGUACGGUAGAUCCUCCUUAUAACGAACUCUCAGCGCCACGAAAAUACAUUUCUCAUUUCCGAUGUUCACUUACAAGGAUUAAUUCGCUACGCGCUCAUAUCGGUUAGAAACACCUUUAGCUGUACUUCGCUAUAUCCAAUAUUUCGUUAUAACCAUGUUACUAUACGGAGUUUCGACUGUACUUCGUGGUGCCUUCAGGUCAUCUUAGGUCGGCCUAUUAACCUGUUUCGUCCACAAUAAAUUAGAACCACACUUCGUCUGCGAGGAUUCCGGGUAAUCAAAGGAAUUUUCUCGGUCGAAAAUGUGAACGUUGGCGACCCUGUUUCCUAGGCUGACGAGAAGCCCGUCGCACAGAAAACUCGGUCAUGCAAAGCGGCGUCGCCUCCCUGACGUCAUGUGGCGCUAGCUUUGCUUCCUGAGAGAGACAGAGAUAGAGGGAGAGGGGAAAGGCAGCGAGGUUAACCAGAGGAGAGUUUCUUAUUUGCUACCCUGCACUGGGGCGGGGGACAUAGGUGUUGCAAAGACGACAAAAAGCGAGUGGAGAAAGAAAAAGGAACAAGAAAGAAAGAAAGGAAACUGGUAAGAGAAAAGGCGUUCCAACCACAGGCGUUCACACAAGCCGGUCGAUCUCAAGAAGCGCAGUAACGCUUGCACGGCCGUCUUAUGCGAUGUCAAGUCCCGUCGAUGUUUCAAAAUUAUUUCUUCCGACAGAGGCUGGUUGUCCAACUGGUUCAGCACGACGGAAAGCGAUUGUCUCCGCACACUGUACUGCAGUGUACUGCACUGUACUGCACUGUAGAGUGUGCCUUCUGGAAAGUGGAAAUGCGGGGAUAGGGAUGGAGGCUGAUUUCAGUGCAAAAUCGUACCACUAAUAAAAAAAAACUGUACCGCGAAGUGCUACCUCUGUGCGAAAUACGAACGGAAACGAAGAAUCAGCGGUUCAGCCGGAAGGACCAUUUAUGCCUGCGUACAUUGUGAACGCAACAUUCAGUAUUUCCUGAUAUGUUUUCGAGGCAACGAACACGCACUGGAUUGACUUUCCAAAAACAUCAUCGUGAACUUAACAUUCCUCUGCGUGACGUGAGGCCGUGUUAACUUCGUUGUGCGACUAUUCCAGCGAUGCUACAGUGCGAUGCCGUCAGCUAUUUUAACGCGUCGCGCGCAUGAGUAUUGUCUACAGUGAGUACUGUUUAAGCAAAGAAGUCGUGUUCUUGGACAUUGGUCAGGAACUAGACGAAGUGAUAAAUUUCUAGCAUUCCGCCCGUACCGAAGCAUUCCAGAUGUAAUCUCACUGUGUCAAAUGUUCUCUGUAUUCUUAUAUGAAGACAUGUGAUUUUUCUUUAUGGCAUCGAUAUCUACUCCGUAGAAUGUGCAGAUGAACCUACUGAUAAGAAGAAACUAAUGCAUGGCAUAAUGUACCGUUUUAGAAAGGAUGCUUGGUAUUUGUCGAACGGCAGCAAAAGAUGGCUGAAGUUCGCAUUUUCAGAAAAAACACGUGGAAUCACACAUUACAUUGAUUUUGACGUGAACGCAUUAUUAUUGCCAUAGCUUUGUACGAUUGUUUUCUGUGUGUUUCAUUUGUAUGAACAGUAUAUAAUGUGUUUCCUUUGGCGCUAUCGUGUAAGUGUAAGCCAACAAGCGUUUUUUCUUGCCCAGCAAAGCACUCGUACUAUGCGGGCCUAGUUGGUGGAUAGCUCUCAAGAGGUGUCGAUCAUUUUGUCCUUAUGUUCUUUGUUCUACUUAGCUUUCGUUGCCCCUUGUUCUUUGUUCGACUUAGCGCUUUCGUUGCCCCUUGUUCGCUGUAUAUAAUCGCUGUGGUGUAAUAACAUUUAGUAAAGUUGCGUUAAUAUAGCGUAAUUCUGGCAUGAACAUGUCGCAACUGAAACGCGAGCAGGUAGUCCAUCAUAUGGUGCUCUUCCCUUUUUCUUUUGAGAGCUUUCCUAAUUUUAUUGAGCAUUCAUGAUAACCUUAGUUAAGAGUGGCGCGACGUCUGACAUUGGUAAAAAUAGAACACAAACGCGAAAAAAGGCGGGCCUUCCUGACAACGCAUGGAGAAAGCUCAGCGAUGAAAAAUCAGAAAAUUUCCGAGCAUCGAGUUAAAGCGUUACACCACCGCCGCAUGCGAACACGUCUAGGACUUUGCGGACAUGUGGUAUAGUGUGCGUAAAACCGCUGCUGUUUGAAUACUAAUUAAAAAGCGUUGAUCACAAAAGAAAGAGCGCUAUAACAGAAACAUUCCGCAAGAAACUGCGCACAGCUGACUGAACGACGGAGUUAGGAAAGCUUCCACUUAUGUCUUCUUCAACCCAAAUCAUUCCGAUUACUGGCGCCUUCGUGUUCAUGUGUGCCUCUUCACGGGUGACUCGUACCAUUGCAUGCAACUGAAGAAUACUCGCUGGAUCUCCCGUGUUUGUUAUACAAGGGCUCUGGUUGUUGAUACUCUGAAUAAAACCGCGCAGCAGGUUUUGUUUCUGGGUUCUACUGUAUAGCCGAAACGCGUUCGGGGGACUGACUCGCCUAACUGUAGUUAUCUCUCCUCCAGUGAUGGACUUCUAUCCGGCUGGAAAAUAGUUCCUAAGCUAGGACUCCGUAGAUGUCUGAAGGGUGCGGCUAAAAGGCGCCGAACACACAACUUGAACAAAGGCUCACAGCGGGGUAGAACGGUUUCCUGCAAGCGUUCGUCGAGUUCGAGUCGAACGCGGGAAAGCCUCUACCCGGCCUUUCUCCACUGCGAGGAGGCCGCGUUUAUUUUGGAGUGAAAGGUUUCAGAGUGCGUGCGUGUGUUUCCAUCUUACCAUAGGACGAAGGGCUCUUAUCCACGUCACCGUGUUUGCCGUUUCUUCACUUUUAACUGGACGAACUUGAAAAGGAAGCAAGGACAGGAGAGCGGACCAUAAUAGCAGGUCGGAAAGAGCUUUAGUUUGGCAGCGUACGUGACAAAGCAAGUUACGAAUAUUCACGAUAGCUACUAACACUGCUAUAUGAUUAAUUCUACGAACUGCUUUGGAAGUUACGCGCUGAGCCAGCCGAUCACAGAUCGGGAACGCGAACCUGGUAAAGCAUGACAAUGUUUCGCGUAACACUUCAGAACAGUGUGUGCAUAAGUAACAGGCUAAACAGGUGUACUUCUUUGUCAUGCUUUGCCAGUUUAUGACAACCAACUGGCUAUGUGUCGUCAUCGCAGGAUUACGUAAGGUCACCUGUAGUUGAGCGAACGUGGCGCGACGUUUGGUCCGACAAGAGCAUGCCGUUUGAAUUAUACACGAUAACUGCUAACCUUGUGAAUCAUAGGCGAUACGCAAACGAGACCAGAACAACUGCCUGCAUCAUGUAAUCAUGUCGGUACCGAACGUUACGUAUACAUAGUACGAGAAUACGUGGGAGCGAAGGAGAAUGCGUGCGGAGUUUUUCUUUUGAUGCGGUCUUCGUGCCAAACAAGCUUCUGAGUUUCUGCCUCGCCGGCGAAGCGGCUUUCAACCGGCAGGCCUCCUCCUCCAUCGCGCACGUCUAGUUUCCCGUUAUGCUGUCCGUAUCACGUGGUUUCGGAUACUUGUUCUUUUCAUCGCUGCGUAACGCAGACUGUAACAUUUUCGCCACACGUUGUACUCGAGAUUCUCCGUUAGCUUCCUACAACACCGAGACGGCGGUAUUGCGCAGGCGUCAUACGUCAUACUUCCCGCGUCAUACUUCCUGCGUAUUACUUCCUGGUGCGCGGACACAGCAUUGGUUUGACAAAUCGCCGGACCCAUCGUCCCCACUGGGGUGCGGCGCGGAUUUCUUUAACCGGUGUUGCGUCCGUGAGGUGCGGUUUCUUUAUUGGUGCUCGCUUCGCUUGCUCCCUUCUUGCCAGACUUUUCUUCGUGGAAGAAGGUUCAUUGACCCUCUCGCAAGGUGUGCUCACAGCGUAAUGGAGUCUCUGCUGCGCACAGAGCAAAGAAAUGCGUCCACUGUCUUAGAAGAGACGCGUACAGUGGUACGGAUGCACUCCUCGCAGACUGAGGUAUAUGGAAGCUGGUUCGGUGUUUUAAUAAUUUCUAUGAACUGGCUGUCCACAUUGAGGUUCAUUGCGCUUAGAAGCAAGAUACCGAUCAUUGUUUCAGGAGUGAGAGUAAUUAAAAUGCGUGUAUUUAAGGGUUGCUUGCUUCUAACCCGAGUGGGACUCGACGUUCACAGAGCAUUAAGUGUUCUGUCCUUGUGCGAGUCUCUAGAGAGUGGAAGGGUUACCAUUACAUCGUGCCACUUUCCACGGCAACUUAUAUUUCUGAAGACUGGCUCUACAGCCUUGUUCUGAUGCCUGAACUGUCAGCAUGGCCAAGUACUGCUGUUAAAGAAAAAAAAAACACUUUUUUCUCUUUACUCCCUAAUACGGAUUUGCGAUUUUUGAGAACUGCUCUCGAACGCAAAUUACCGCAACAGGCAGCUAGCUAUUGACCUUAAUAUUUGUUUUCUACCUUCUUUUUGUUUAAGUUUGCCUGUGUAUUUUGUCCUUGUCCUUUAUGACGUUGCAUUUUUUGUCGUAGUGUUGCGUAGAACUGUUCGGUAUACGCCCGCUCUCAUGGGCAAGCUUUUCCUCUGAGCACGACUAUAUAGAGGACAGCAACACUUUUCCGAUGAUUUCGUACUCAACUCUAGCUGUUAAGAGAAUGAGGGGAUUCGUGUGCCCUAUGUGUUAUCGCGGAAGCCAUAUUUUUUUGCGCUUCUGGUGCCGCUGGUGUGUUUUAUUCCAUUAUUUUUUUAGUUGUUCUUUGCGUGCUCUUUUGUAAGCGAAAAUAAAGAAAAGAGUGCAAUAAAACGACCCAUACCGUCUUUGAA